AUGAGAAUCCCACGAAACCCUAAUUCCCAAUUGUCUCUGUCUUCGUGCCUAACAGAGAAGAAGAGCCGCAAGAGACGUGCCCUGCAAGAUAACAAGCGUGCUGUUGUUAAAUCCAAGAAGGCGAGCUUGAUGAUACAUGUGACUCCUGGUGAGAGCCGUCUCUCUAUGCCUUUCAACGAACUCAUCUGUAAAGACUUCUUGACACCUUCGGAGCUGAGAGUCAUAAGAGAAGACAUCGACAACGUUAACAAGAGAGGAGUUGGAGCGAUUCUUGUGGAUGAACAGAACGUGAAAUAUGGUGUCAUGUUGAAAAGAUGGGAGAUGAAGAAAGAUUCAGGGAAUGGAAGCUGGAACUAUGCUUUGACUUGCGGAUGGAACGAUGUCGUAACGGCUAAUGGAUUGAAACAGAACGACAACAUCAGUAUCUGGUGUUUCAGGUGGGGAGGUCUCCUCUGUUUUGCUCUUGUCACUCCUCCUCCUUCUUCUCCUUCCAUGGCACAGAGUAGCUCUCCUCUUGCUCUCUGUCUCUGA